AUGAUCAAGUGGCACCAAAAAAGUUCUACAUAUUUUAGAGAACAAGCAAAAGAAUAUGAACACCCUACUAUCAGAGAUGAGGCAUUUAUUUUAAGACCGCCAGGAUUCAACCAUCGCCUACAGCGUCCAACCAGAUCCGACGUCUGUGUUGGAGAAACUUGCGUUGAUACAAAAGUAAUAGUUGAAAUUGAAGGAAACGGUGGUCUUUUGGAUUCGCAAACAAUAAACUACAAAAAUACUUUUAGUGACAAUCGUACGAGAAAUGAAGUGAAUAAAAACACUGAUGGUUGUUAUUUCGAAUCGAGGACUGAAACAGAUAAAAACAACCAAACAGCAACAAAGUAUAACAAUGAAGAUAUAACAGAACAGCGGUUUUUCCAAUGUAAUUUAUGUCUAAAAAUUUAUAACACAAAAAAACAAAUAACUUUACAUUUAUUAAAAUCCCACCGAGGUUCAACUGAUGAACACUGUCCCCAAAAACUCAAAACUAUACAGCGCAACAAGUUUACUAAUACAUACGCGAACAUCAGCCGACCCUAUAAAUGUGACAUCUGCCUUAAGCAUUUUUCUAAAUGUUCUGACCUCACACGACACGAACGAGUGCACACUGGGGAAAAACCCUACAAAUGUAAUGUGUGCUCGAAGACAUUUUCUCUUAAAUGGAGCCUCACAAAACACCAACGCGUGCACACCGGCGUAAAGCCCUUCAAGUGUAAUGUGUGCUUAAAGACUUUUUCCGAAAAAUACAGCCUCAUAAAACACCAACGCUUGCACACCGGGGAAAAGCCCUACAAAUGUAACGUGUGCCCAAAGACAUUUACUGUUAAAUCCAGCCUCACAAAACACCAACGAGUGCACACCGGCGUAAAGCCCUACAAAUGUAACUUUUGUCCAGUAACUUUUUCUGAUAAAUCCAAUCUCACAAUACAUGAACGCGUGCAUACUGGAGUCAAACCUUUCAAAUGUAAUGCGUGCUCUAAGUCAUUUGCUCGAAAACCCCACCUCACACAACACAAAUGCCGUGCACCAUUAUUAUAAUGUCAGACAAUGAUUUAUAUAUAACCUAAAAAAUUUGUAUUUAAAUGUAUAAGGACAUGUUUUAUUUAUAUUUUUAUUGUAUUAUUACUAUCGGACAUCUUGUAAUGUUUUUUUUAAAUAUUUUAACUUUUGUGUUUUUUCUAAAUAAUUGUUAAUACAUAUUUUGUUACAUCGUUGGUUAAUUUUGUCAAUAUUUAUAAUUAACAUUGGUUGUAAUUUUGUAUACAUUGGAAAUA